AUGGCCGAGGACAACCCCGAAGUCCAGGCUGCUUUGCGGGACCUGGACAAGGAAUUGGAGGAGGGUGAUAUCACGGAGAAAGGUUACCAGAAGCGGCGCACGAUCCUCCUUUCCCAAUUCUUUGGGCCGAACAUGGCCCUCGGUUUCAAUGCAUCUAACUCAGAAGGCCAUUCUCCAUCUAUGACAAGUUCAAGCAACGCUCCGCAGGCAAUCCUGAACGUUCGACCGCCAACGGCUGAUUCUGCAAACCCCGAAUACGCUUCGCACCCUUCCUUCCAUGGCAACCGUGACACUCUACAAAGCAGCGGAAGCCUCGGAUGGGACCGAAGGAUCAGCGCAGAUACCCAGGUUUCUGUUGAUAGAGAUAGCGCGUUCCUGCAAGGUCUCGACCGGAUGCCAUCGUCUGGAUCCUACGACUCCCUCUUCCUUCCCAAGCCACCGCAGGCCCCUGGCAUGCAGGAGGACUCACGGACAGCGACACUCAUGAGCCAGAAUUAUGCGUUCAACCCUGCUGCUCACCACGAAACUAUAGACCAGCCAACCGGAGGAUAUGAGGGUUACGAAGAUUAUGACGCCACACCCGGCGGGGUCACGCGACAGUCGACCAUGCUCGAUUCUCAGCAGGGAUACUUCUCCGACUUCGCGGGGCAGCAGCAGGAUGAUUAUAGGGACAGCUAUGGUGGUGGUGGUUUUCACAGAUACUCCCAAUCUGAUGCUUUUUCGCCCACUGCAAACAUGGCGCCGCCGCUGAUCCCUGCAUCUGAGCUGCCUGAUGGCCCGACGAUCAACCACAUGCUUCCCUUAGAGCCCCGUGACAUCCCUUUUGCUGUGCAGGACCCGCACGAUAAGAAUGUUUCGAUGUCGAACUUUGACAAUAUACCUACCGUUCUCCGACACCGCGCACGGGUCCAUUCCAAGCAGGCGGCUUAUUGGGUUCUGGAUCAGAAAGGCAAGGAAAUUGCAUCGAUCACCUGGGAAAAACUUGCAAGCCGAGCCGAGAAGGUGGCCCAGGUUAUUCGCGACAAGAGCAACCUGUAUCGCGGCGACCGUGUGGCACUUAUAUACCGGGACUCCGAAAUCAUAGAAUUUGCCGUUGCUCUUAUGGGCUGUUUCAUCGCCGGAGUUGUGGCGGUUCCAAUCAACAGCCUGGAAGACUAUCAGAGCCUUAACUUGGUUCUUACUUCAACGCAGGCGCAUCUUGCACUGACCACCGAGAACAACCUGAAGAACUUCCAAAGAGACAUCACCACGCAGAAACUCAACUGGCCGAGAGGGGUGGAAUGGUGGAAGACCAAUGAGUUUGGGAGCUUCCAUCCGAAGAAGAAGGAUGACACGCCACCUCUGGUCGUUCCAGAUCUGGCCUACAUUGAAUUUGCGCGGGCUCCCACAGGCGACUUGCGCGGUGUCGUCAUGAGCCACCGUACCAUUAUGCAUCAAAUGGCUUGCUUGAGCGCGAUGGUUUCAACCGUGCCCAACUCUAGCAGCUCAAGACAGCGCGGUGAAACCCUCAUCAGUUACCUGGAUCCCCGUCAAGGUAUUGGUAUGAUUCUAGGCGUACUUCUGACGGUUUACGGUGGACAUACAACUGUCUGGCUCGAGGACCGGGCCGUUGAAACCCCUGGACUUUAUGCUCAUCUCAUUACAAAAUAUAGAGCUACGCUCAUGGCUGCCGACUAUCCUGGAUUGAAGAUAACUGCCUACAACUACCAACAGGAUCCGAUGGCUACCCGGCAUUACAAGAAAAACUCCGAACCCAACUUCGGAAGCGUUAAGCUCUGCCUCAUUGACACCCUUACGGUUGACUCGGAGUUCCACGAAAUUCUCGCAGAUAGAUGGCUCAGGCCGAUGAGGAACCCGAGAGCCCGGGAGAUCGUCGCUCCCAUGCUCUGCCUGCCGGAGCACGGCGGUAUGGUGAUCAGUGUCCGAGAUUGGCUGGGUGGCGAGGAACGGAUGGGUUGUCCUUUAACCCAUGAAAUGGACCCCGAUGACCGCGAGGAUUCUAAGAAAGAGGAAAAGUCAUAUGAGAAGGCUUCUAACAGCGGGUUUGGAAGCAGUCUGCUGGGCGGAGGCUCAGCGGCCCCAGCCCCGAAGGAGCAGUCGAAAAAUGAACUUGGAGAGGUUCUGCUAGACAAAGAAUCUUUGAAAAGCAACGAGGUCGUCGUCUUGGCUAUGGGUGAAGACGCCAGAAAAUUUGCUGGAGCCAUGCCACACGCUGUUCGUGUUGGCUCGUUCGGCUAUCCUAUUCCUGAUGCAACUCUUGCUGUUGUGGAUCCUGAGACCAGCCUGUUGUGCACCCCAAAUGUCAUCGGCGAAAUUUGGGUCGACUCGCCCUCCCUCUCUGGAGGCUUCUGGGCGCUGCCCAAGCAUACCGAGGCCAUCUUCCAUGCACGCCCGUACAAGUUUGAAGAUGGCAAUCCCACACCUAUCCUAGUCGAGCCAGAGUUCUUGCGAACUGGUCUUCUUGGCUGCGUCAUAGAGGGCAAGGUGUUUGUGCUGGGUCUCUAUGAGGACCGUCUUCGCCAGAAGGUAGAAUGGGUGGAGCAUGGGCAGGAGAUUGUGGAACAUCGCUAUUUCUUCGUCCAGCACAUGAUUGUCAGUGUCCUCAAGAAUGUUCCCAAAAUACACGACUGCACUGCGUUCGACGUUUUUGUCAACGAAGAACAUCUUCCGAUUGUUGUUCUAGAAUCAUAUGCAGCAUCAACAGCACCAACAACCUCAGGUGGCCCCCCUCGACAAUUGGACUCUGUUCUCCUCGAGUCUCUGGCAGAAAGGUGCAUGGAAGUGCUUUACCAAGAGCAUCACCUGCGAGUCUACUGUGUGCUACUGACUGCGCCCAAUACCCUCCCCCGCGUUACCAAGAACGGAAGACAAGAGAUCGGCAAUAUGCUCUGUCGCAAGGACUUUGAUGCCGGUACUCUUCCAUGUGUUCACGUCAAAUUUGGUGUUGAGAGGUCAGUCAUGAAUCUGCCCAUUGGCGUUGACCCAGUCGGAGGUAUCUGGUCACCACUGGCCUUGAUGUCGCGGCAAGAGAUGCUUGGCAUGGAAGAGAAGCAGUACUCCGGUGUGGAUUAUCGGGAUGUUGUUAUGGACGAUCGUACGUCGACGUCACUGAACAACUUCUCAACUAUUGUGGACGUUCUUCAGUGGCGUAUUUCUCGGCAGGCGGAGGAGCUGGCUUACUGCUCUAUUGACGGCCGUGGAAAAGAAGGGAAGGGCAUUACUUGGAAGAAGUUCGAUAUGAAGGUCUCCGCCGUUGCGACCUAUCUACGGAACAAGAUCAAGGUUCGCCCCGGUGACCAUUUGGUCUUAAUGUAUACCCAUUCCGAGGACUACGUCUACGCUGUUCAUGCCUGCUUCUGUCUUGGAGUUGUUGUCAUUCCUCUGGCUCCUAUUGACCAAAAUCGUCUCUCGGAGGACGCUCCUGCCUUCCUCCAUGUCAUCAAUGACUUCAAUGUUAAAGCAAUCAUUGUCAACAGCGAUGUGGACCACGUCAUGCGACAGAAGCUUGUUUCGCAGCAUAUCAAGCAGUCGGCUCAGGUCCUUCGAAUCGGCGUACCGGCUAUCUACAAUACCUCGAAGCCCUCCAAGCAGUCUCAUGGCUGUCGUGAAAUGGGCUAUACUGCGAAGGAUACCUGGCUGCAGAGCAACUAUCCUGCCUUGAUCUGGACGUACUGGACACCGGAUCAGCGAAGAAUCUCCGUCCACAUCGGCCACGACACGAUCAUGGGAAUGUGCAAAGUGCAGAAGGAGACUUGUCAGAUGACCAGUUCAAGACCAGUACUUGGUAGUGUGCGUAGCACUCUGGGUCUUGGGUUCCUUCACACCUGUUUGAUGGGAAUUUACGCCGGAGCACCAACAUACCUCGUGUCGCCCGUUGACUUCGCGCAAAACCCCAUGACUCUUUUCGUGACGCUUUCUCGGUACAAAAUCAAGGACACUUACGCCACCAGUCAGAUGUUGGACUACGCCAUGACUGCAAUGGCUGCAAAGGGAUUCCGCCUAGAAGAACUAAAGAACUUGAUGAUCUCUGCGGAAGGCAGACCCCGCGUCGAUAUUUAUCAAAAGGUUCGCCUGCAUUUUGCCUCGGCUAGCUUGGAUCGUACCGCGAUCAACAUCGUGUACUCCCAUGUUCUCAACCCCAUGGUUGCCACCCGGUCCUACAUGUGCAUUGAGCCAGUUGAGCUCUGGCUUGAUCUUCGAUCCUUGCGACGUGGUCUUAUCUACCCGGUGGAUCCAGAUACUGAUCCUACCGCGCUCGUCGUACAAGACUCGGGAAUGGUCCCAGUCAACACCCAGAUCGCGAUUGUGAACCCGGAAACUUGCACCUUGUCUCAUGUGGGUGAGUAUGGAGAGAUUUGGGUCCAGUCAGAUGCCUGCGCCAAGUCCUUCUACGGAUCCAAGCAGGAGUUCGACCAGGAACGAUUCAAUGGUCGGAUCGUUGAUGGGGAUCCUAAUGUUGCCUAUGUACGGACUGGUGAUUUGGGAUUCCUCCACACCGUCACUAGGCCCAUUGGACCCGGCGGCCAGCCCGUUGAGAUGCAGGUUCUAUUUGUUCUCGGCGGAAUUGGAGAAACCUUUGAGGUCAACGGACUUAACCAUUUCCCCAUGGAUAUUGAGAUGUCUGUUGAAAGAUGCCACCGUAACAUUGUGGCCGGUGGAUGUGCCGUCUUCCAGGCCGGCGGCCUGAUCGUUGUGGUUGUGGAGGUCACGAGAAAGGCCUACCUGGCAUCUCUCGUCCCUGUGAUUGUUAAUUCCGUCCUCAACGAGCAUCAAGUCGUCGCCGACAUCGUCGCUUUCGUCCCCCACGGAGACUUCCCUCGGUCUCGUCUCGGUGAGAAACAGCGCGGUAAAGUGCUAGCAUCCUGGAUUACUCGGAAGCUCCGGACUAUUGCCCAAUUUAGCAUUCGCGAUAUGGAAGGGUCUGAGCUUCCGUUCGCAGAGGCUCCACAACAUCGCGUUAGCAGAAGCUCCAAACCCAGUAGUGUGAUGGGUAACAGCAUGCGACGAUCCACCGUUGUUCCGGAAAGCGACGCGCCCGCUGUCCCCCGAUCCCCGGCGCCAGCCCUAAUGGAACAUCCUGAGGCAUCAGGGGAUCCUUACCCGGUGGUGCAAGGACUUGGUGAUGGGUCUACCCUUAAUAGCCCGUCUACCAUCCCAGAAAUGAUUUCUUCGGUUCCUCAGAUCACGGAGCCCAUGCGCCCGGCUACCUCUUCCACCAGUGGAAACAUCCCGGCUCCAACGGAUCCUCCCCAGUCCAUUGGAAAUCCGGACUUUGGCUUCGACUUUGGCGAUUUCGCCACGUCAGCUGCCACGGCCCCUCUGACUCAGACAGCAGGUCCGGCUCCUGUGAACGAAUCUCUGCCUUAUCGGCCCGCAACAGGACAUGCUUCACAAUCUAGUCAACGUCAGUAUAGCGGUCCCCCCAAGCCGCGCCCGUUCUCCUACGAACAGACUGAGUUGCUAGACGAUGGUCAAGGCGAUUGGGCCCAGGAAGCUUUGAUGUACCAGUCAGCAUUAGGUGCGGACAACGCACACGGCCAAGGCGGAUCCAACCAGGCAUUCGGUGGCAACGAAAUGUCGAGAAGGCAGUACGACGAUGGCCAUUACGGGUACUAG